GCCGUGAUAAGAACAGAAUAAAAAUAUUAAAAGCGGAUGUGGAAUACGGAUUGGAAAAGAAAUAAGAAUUAAAGAAAUUCGCUAUACGAGCACGACUACUUUUCCAAAUUUCACACCGUUUGUACACCGGGGUGACUUCGAAAUGUGGUACGAAGCCUUACCGUCCGCCGUUAUUGUGUACGUGCUGUUGAACAUCCCCGACAGGGUCAACUCUCUGUCGAAUAAAUUGGUUUACAAUAAUGUUUACAGACGUGAUAUUAGUCAACCUUGGCUUCAAAGAUAUUAUGCCAGAGACUGGGAAUUAACUGGUGAUCCCUACAAGGCACAAGGCCUUGAAAGUUUACCAAAUAAGCCUUCGGUUACCGGAAUUGAUUGGCAAAAAUAUGGAAAAGGACCAAAUCACUCAUUCUAUGGAACUAAAUUGUAAUGUUGAAGGUUUAAACACAUCAGCAAGUUUCCCUCUGGAAUCUUUACUAGAAGAUACAUCAAUAUUGUAAAUGCUGGAACUGCUUUUAAAGGACUACAAUGAAAAUGAACGAUUAAAUUUUAAAAUUUUAACAGGUAUUCAAUAUACAUACCAAAUCACUAUCAUUAUCAAAGCUUUUUGAACUUUUAGUUAACUUCUUUAACUUGCCAAAAAGUCCUUUUUUCUUAGUUUUUUCUCCGCUUACAAUAUCACUUUUGGAAGAACUAUUUGACUGUUGACUAAAAAUUAAUUAACUUAUUCAAUUUUUAAUAUUUAAAAAUAUUUUAAGUGCUAGCAUCAAGUAGGCACUGAUAUAUAAUGUCAUACAUUGUAUUUUGAACGAAUAAAAACCAUAUCAAUAUAA